AUGGACAGAAAGUUCCUCGUUUCAUCCUACCACUUCUGUCUUAUUUUCCAAGGGUAUUUUCAUGAUCCAUCCCCGGCGCCUUUCGACAAGUAUUUGGAAGUUCCAGUAAAAUUUCGCGAAGGUAUCGAGAAAGGACCUCAAAUGCUUUCGGGACCACCGGUUCGUUUAUUCGAGAAAAAAUUUGAGAGAAUUUUCACCGGAGAGGCGCUGUACGAAUCGUGGAGUAUCGAAGCACAAGAACGGUUGCAACGCGAACGAGGGAAACUCGGUGGUCGUAUGCUGCCAUCUUCUCCUGCAAAGAAACACUCGACACCAGGUGAUUGGCAUGGAUGUUUCGAAAAAAUUGCUUACUUCAGUCCUGCACUGAAAGAUCGUAGAAGAAGACGCCUGGCACCUGAGCCUCCCAAUCCAAAGAUCAAGCCUAAUCCUCGUGGAGGACCAGGAUACACUGACAUUUGUUUCAAUCCUUUUCCGUCGUAUUCACACGAACCUUAUGAUCUUCAAAGAGAAAAAGUGCGAGCUGAGGCUCGAUUCUUGACUGCCAGCGCGCCACUCGAUCGUUUCCCGCCAAAUCCGUACAAAGACAAGGAGCCAGGUCCAACUUACAUACGACCAACUGAGGACGCGCCUAAGAUAAUAGGCUCCGGUCGAUUUUACGUCCCAUUCCCUAAGAGAUCCGGAGGAAAUCACUCUGGCUGCUUCGACAAAUUCCCAAAGUAUUCUAGCGAACCGUACGACCCGGAGAAGGAUCCUAAGGAGGUGGCUGGUGUGUUUGUCAUUGGCGGUCCACCCCUGCGAUCCAAGUACACCAAUAGUAUUGUAGAUCAAGUGACCAAGACAUCCUGUAACGCGACGAAUUAUAUGGGCUACAGGGAACAAGUUUAUCCUCUGGACAAAUAG